AUGGUCCUGGGACUGAUCGUCCUCGGCGUCAUUGCUAUUGGCGUCGAGACACAUAUUGACCGAAGUUUGAUUGAUUCUUCCGGACUACUGAAUGCCAGUCUACUAGGCUGGCAGCUCAUCUUCAUUCUUCCGGUGGCUAUCCUGACCAAUGACUUCUUUAUCUCGGGCUUCUGGAUGCGAACCUUUGCCAGCAAGACAGACAGAGAUCUUCGAAUGGGUGUCUCCAUUGCUACUGUGGCUGUCACUUGUAUCCUACUUUUGGUCGGCGUCACUGGGCUCUUGGCCGCGUGGUCAGGAGCUUGGCCUGGGGAUCCACCCCAGGACGGCAGCAUUGCUUUAUUUCUCCUGCUCGAGCAGCUGCCUGCAUGGGCCGUUGGCGUUGUACUUGUCAUGGUUGUUGCUCUCUCCACUGCUGCUUUCGACAGCUUUCAAUCGGCCAUGCGCGAGCUCUAUUCCGCCACUAGUGAUCGGCUUGAGUGA